AUGCAGGAGUUCAAGCGGAGCUACCGGGAGAACCCUUACCCAGAGAAGCUCAGGCUCUUCUUCCCGGAUGACGAGAAGAUUUUGCAGCUGCUAUACCAAAGUGGCGUUGGCAACUACACCGCCAGCAGCUUCAUACGCACGGUGGACCUGGUCUUCCGGCAGCUCCAUGGCUUUGGCCCACCGGCCUGGCCUAGUCUGAAGCGUCUGCUGAGCAAGGAACACCCCUGGACCGAAGCCUACUGCAGCAUCGUCAUCGCCGAGGGGGUGGAGGCCUGGAGCCCUUUCGACUUCUUCCGGGUCGACUUGGACGGCCUGGCGCCUUUGCUGCGCUACUCGCUGAAGGAGCUCGAGGCCCAGUCCACCACCGGCUUCCGCGUUCUGGGCCGCUGGCUGCGGCGCCUGGAGGAGGACGCGCACGCGCGGCCGUUGCUGGAGGCGCUCCGCGCGCAGGACCUGCGCAACGAAGAGGAGCAGGCCAUGAGGCUGCGUCCGCUCGAGGACCUCCUGGAGCAGCAGCUGGUGGCGGUGGCCUCGGGAGUCCUGGAGGCCUGCGAGGGCGUGCCGGAGGCGACCACAGCGAUCCUGACGGCUCGGGACCGCCGGAAGCGGACCGUGCUCCACCUCGCGGCCACCCAGGGGAACACGCAGAUGGCGCGCCUCUUCCUCACCACUGUCAAGGACGAACAGGACCGCCAGUUCUUCGCCGGAGCUCCCGACGGAGGAGGAUACACCGCCGAGGACCUGGCUCGGCUCGGCGGCUUCGAGGACACGGCGGAGGCCAUCAGGUCCUUGGGCGGGCCGACUGCAAGCGAGGCACCUGCUGAUGCCACCAAGCUUUUCCCGGCAGGCGACGUCCAGGCGAGUACGACCGCGGACACCGGGGGCUGGAGUGCCAGCCAAACAGGAAUUCCCGAGGAAUGGCUGCCAGAAGGUGAUGUGUGCGAGAUCGAUGCCAUCAGCUUUGGGCAGUUUGAUUGGGAUGUUUUUGAGAAGCACUACUACGCCGCUCGACGGCCCUUACUGAUUCGCGGCGGCGUGCGUAUGAGCGCCUCGGACAAGGCGAAGUUCACCAAAGCCGGUUUGAUCAGCAUCGCCGGAGCCCGCAAAGUGAAGGCGUACUCGACACCCUACGAGAACGACUUCCGGGAGGUCAAGGCCAAGGAGACCACACUGGAGGCCUACGUGGACUUCCUGGACACAAGGGAGCAAAAUCCGCAAGAGGACCUUUCCUACAUCUUCGAGCGGCUCCCAAGCUCCGAAGGGCCCUUGGGCAUGGCUCGGGAGAGCCCCAAGCUCUUCCGAGAUCGUGUGAACCUGCGCUCUGCUCAGUUCACCUUGGGGGGCGCCCUGAUGGGCAGCCCCCUCCACCACCACGUGGACGCGGUGAACUCGCUGCUCUUCGGGCGGAAGCUCUGGUUCCUGAAGCCGCCGGCGCAGCAGGAGUUCCGCAAGACCACUGUCUACGAGGACCUUCUCGCGAGCGGCGGGCCACAGGGCCUCCGCGUCCUGCAGAAGAGCGGCGACCUGCUCUAUGUGCCGCAAGACUGGGCGCAUGGUGCCCUUUGCCUGAACCAGUGCAUCGGCUUGGCCCACGAGUUCGACGUGAAGAGCCAGAGCCUCCCCGUGGCGGUGGAGACGGUGAAUGCUGGGCUCGGCGUCGCCCUGGCCGGAGUGCUGCUGUUUUCAAUUGGCAUCAUCUCCUGGAUCGUGGAGCGCGUCUGA